AUGUCUCCGCCCUCCAACAUGGAAAACUUCGAGAAGCUCUCCAUAAGCGAGCGCAGAAUUGUUGUCGGCAUCGACUUUGGAACCACCUACUCCGGUGUAGCCUGGGCCGAGACACAGCGUCCCGAUCGACGGACCGCCAUCACUACGUGGCCCAUUAGUAAAUCUGUUCGCGAAGGCGAAUCCUCCGACAAGGUCCCUACCAAGCUCAGAUACGCCGGCGAUGAGGUUCAAUGGGGAUUUUCCAUUCCCAUGACUGCACCUCAGGAUGAAGUCGUUGAGUGGUUCAAACUUGACCUUGACCCUUCUCUCCAGAGCAUGGGUCAAGCAGUAUCCUCGGAGGGUAGAGGAGGCCGCAACGUGGACAAGUUGGUGACAGACUACAUCUCAGCACUCGGUGACCAUUUGAGCUAUAUCUUGCGAGAGAAGCUUGGAGAUCAAGUCGUCAAGACCACUCCUCUCGAGUUUGUUGUAACUGUCCCCGCCAUCUGGUCUGACCUCGCCAAGGAUAAAACCAAGCAGGCCUGCCAAAAGGCGGCGGGCCUUACGACCGACGCUCCUAUUCACCUUGUCUCUGAGCCCGAGGCCGCCGCCAUCUACGCGCUCCAUGGCCUAGAUCCUCACGGUCUCAAGGUCGACGACACAGUCGUUGUUGUGGAUGCAGGAGGUGGCACCGUCGACUUGAUAUCCUACACCAUCACGAGUCUGAAGCCUAUCCUCGAAGUCCAAGAGGCGGCUCCAGGAUCCGGUGCUUUGUGCGGAUCAACCUUUCUCAACAUGCGCUUUGCCAAGUUUCUCAAGGCAAAGCUUGGUAAGGAGGAGGGUUUCGACGACGAGAUCAUGGCCGAGGCCAUGGAGCAGUUUGAGAAGAAGGUCAAGAGACAGUUUACACUCGGCGCCGCUUCGGAGGACACCUACACCAUCCCCGUCGGAGGUCUGGCAAACAACAAGGAGCUUGGUAUCAGUCGCGGUCGAUUCUCUCUGAAGGCGUCUGAUCUCCAAACCAUCUUCGAACCUGUCGUCCUGGAGUGCAUCAAGCUCGUCAAGGACCAGAUUACGGCCAGCAAUGUCCCAGUCCGUGCCAUCCUUCUGGUUGGCGGUUUCGGCGCUUCAAACUACCUCAAGGAGCGUCUGCGCAAUGCCAUCGACAAGAGUAUCCAGAUCAUGCAGCCCCCCAACGCAUGGCAGGCCGUGGUCCAGGGUGCCGUCAUGAAGGGUCUGGCGCAAGUGUCACCCGAUCGUCUCACACAAGUCAAGGUCCAGAACCGGAAGGCUCGCAAGCAUUACGGGACCGAAUGGCGUACAAAGUAUGACGCCAAGACCCACAAGCACCUGGAACAAAAGCGGCACUGGUGCGGUCUCGACGGUUGUUAUAAGGUGUACACCAUGGAGUGGUUCAUCCAGCGUGGCGACAAUGUCUCUGAAAAUGAACCUUUUUACACCUCAUUCGUUUGGACGGGCUUGGUGAGCCAGGGCCGCAUCAAAAAGAUCAAGAUGGAUGUCUACGCCGACCGCACUCCGCGAGCCGCGCCUAUCGCUCGCGACGACAACGUUUCCAUGCUCGUUCACAUAGAGGCCGACGUCAGUCAUAUCCCGGAGAACAUGCUUGCCCGUCGCCAGGGUCUUGAUGGGCAAUGGUACUACGAGCUGAGCUGCAAGAUCGAGGCAGUCUACCUAUCUGCAUCAACCGCGUAUACCUUGCUUUACAACAACCAGCGUUACAGCACUGUGACUGCCGAAUACGUCUAA